AAAAAUAUUAAUCAUCACCAAAGUAGUGUUGCUUUAAUAUUGUUUAUGAAUGCAAUUGUCAUGGAUUUUAGAAUAUUUACACUUUUUGUUUUGUAUUGCAUCAGAACGAUUUUUGGUUCCAGAUCUUUCACUGUCGACUAUGAAAAUAAUACAUUUCUAAAGGAUGGAAAACCUUUCAGAUACGUAUCUGGUUCGAUACAUUAUUUUCGAGUACCUCCUGAAUUUUGGCACGACCGGAUAUAUAAAAUGAAAAUGGCGGGGCUUAAUGCCAUACAAACAUACGUAGAAUGGAACCAUCACGAACCCGAACCAGGCGUGUAUAAUUUCGAAGGUAAUUAUGAUUUAGUGAAAUUUGUGAAAACUGCUCAGGAUUUGGAUAUGCUUGUCAUCUUGCGUACAGGUCCUUUCAUCGAUGCGGAGCGAGAUAUGGGUGGUCUUCCUUAUUGGCUCCUGCGAAUCGAUCCCAACAUGCAAAUGAGGUUCUAUGAUCCUAAUUUUAUAAAGUAUAUAGACCAAUGGUACAACGUAUUACUUCCGAAGAUUGAACCCCUUUUGUAUAAUAAUGGAGGACCAAUAAUCACUAUUCAGAUCGAAAACGAGUAUGGGUUUUGUGGAUGUGAUCAGUACAAAGCUCACUUGCGAGACCUAUUUAACAAACUGUUGAAAAAGAAUGCUGUGCUCUUCACAACAGAUCAGCCUUUUCCUAACAGUCUGGCUUGUGGUAAAACAUACAACGUACUCGCUACAACGGAUUUUGGAGCAGGAGCUAACAUUACACUCAAUUUCGAUCGACUGCGGUACACUCAAGCUGAUGGGCCUCUGGUGAAUUCUGAAUAUUAUCCUGGCUACUUGGAUCAUUGGGGACAUCCGCAUUCUACCAAAACAACUGAAAACGUCGUAAAAACUCUGAAUGAAAUGCUACUGGCCAAUGCUUCAGUAAAUUUUUACAUGUUUCAUGGUGGAACCUCUUUUGGAUUCACUGCUGGUUCCAAUAUUUUAGACACAUUUCAAGCCUGUCCAACAAGUUACGACUAUGAUGCUCCUUUAACUGAAGCUGGAGAUCCCACACCGAAAUACUACGCAAUUCGGGAUACAAUUGGAAAGUUUUUUCCUCUCCCACCCGGCCCAGUUCCUCAACCUGCUCCAAAAAUGAAGUCCCCAUUGAUAACUUUGAAAAAAGUAAUGUCUGUAUGGGAUUAUAUAGCUAAGCUUAACAACUCCAUAGUAUCAACUUAUCCUCUCUCAUUUGAGAAGCUUUAUCACCCGUUUGGUUUUAUUUUAUACAAAACUAUAGUCCAGUUUCGACCAACAGAUCCAGCGGUCCUCACCGUCAAAAAUAUUGCUGAUAGAGGUUACGUUUAUGUGAACAAAGUGUUGCAAGGUGUUUUGAGUCGAGAACAAAAAGUCGAGAGAAUCCCAGUUCAAGUUUUGAAAGGACAAGAAAUAGAAAUUAUAGUUGAAAAUCAAGGCCGUGUAUGUGCUGGUGCCAUUAACGACCAAAAAGGAAUUUUCCAAAAUGUGACUUUAGGCUCCAAAAUACUUCAGAAUUGGACAAUGAUACCUAUCCCACUGGAUCCUAAAUCGAUUCAGAAAAUUGAAUCGUUUACAGGACAAACAGAUUCUGUCGCAACACCUUCCUUCUACACAGGUGAAUUCCAAAUGCCAAGUUCAGUACAAAUCUUGGACACAUUUCUUAAAGUAGACGGAUGGCAUAAAGGAGUGGCAUUCCUCAAUCAAUUCAAUCUUGGAAGGUACUGGCCAAUUAUUGGACCUCAAUUGACGUUGUAUUCUCCGAGCACUCUUUUUCAAAAUUCAUCGACAGUGAACCGUAUUACCUUAUUCGAACUAGAAAACUCGCCUUGUGAUAAAGAAAACAGCUGUGUUGUUCAGUUUGUGGAUAUUCCUAUUGUUGAUGGUCCAACUCCCGAAUAUUAAAAAGCUUUUCCACGGUAUAUAAAGCACUUUAUUCAAUGAUAAGCCUCUAUGUUUUUGAUUUUGUUAUUGCCAAUGAAAACACUGUUCAUUGAAAUAAAGUGAAUAAAUUGGCACUGCUGCUAAUUUAAAUGAA